AUGGAGGUAGCCCGUGGCAUUAAUAUAUCCGUUGAUCGAGGAGAAACAUUCUGUGAUGUUCUCGUACAACUCCCAGGUAAAGCAGAAUUCGACUUCAAAUUACUCACAGAGGAUCCGCAGAACUGCCGCGAUGCGCCGACCGAAGCCAUCUGGAGAGCCCUGGAAAUUACCAAUGGAAGAGAGAUUCCCCGGGGAAGAAAGGUAGACGGUUCAAGGAUCGCGUCAUGGCGCGUUGUGGACAGUGGAAAGUUCCUCGAGGAUGGCGUGCAGCAAGCGUUUUUGGACGCAGGCAAUCUCCCUGGCUGCAGCAGAACUCCUUGUUUGAACGACAAUUUCUCUAACAUCAAAGCCCAAAUAUCGUCUAAACAACGAGGAACAAUCCUCCUGCAGAAGCUCUAUCGGGAGUUCACGUUGCCCGUCAUUCAUCGAUACAUGCAUGCAAUACAAGCCAAUGCAGGAAUUGCAGUUCGGAAAUACUUCAAGGGAACUGCUAGAACGCGAGAUAUGCCAUUGACUGCGACAGAUUACUUUGACAACGGCACCAUAUUGAAAGUCUCGAUUAUCAAUCAAUAA